AUGAUCAACAAUAGUAGCACGGACUUUGUCAUCUCACUCAAAUACAAUCACCUCUCUCAACAAUUCACGAAAUACUUCGGCGUUAUCUUAUAUAUUGUUUGUUUCUUUGGGACCAUGAUGAAUGUUUUAACAUUCAUGCAACGGACAUAUCAGAGACGUGCGUGUACACUUUAUCUUCUUGUUGCUUCGAUUUGCGAUUUAAUUCACUUGAAUUUCGGACCUUUAUCAAACAUCCUCCAAUACGGUUUCGAUUAUGAUUGGACAAUAAAUUCCAAUGCUUUCUGUAAACUGAAGAGUUACAUAGUCUUUGUUUUCACUGUUCUAUCAGCAACAUUAACGACAAUCGCCAGUGCCGAUCGAUAUGUUCUCAGUUCACGAAAGACCGCACGAUGGAAGCUAAGUACAAGAUCAAUUGCAUUGCGCUGUAUUCUCUUUUCGAUCGUCUUUUGGAUCGUUUUCGCUAUUCCUGUUAUUUUCUGCUCCAUCCGCUUGAAUCAUUCGUCACACAACGAACAACUGAUCUGUUCGAACUCAUCGCAACAAAUUUCCUGUUUACUACUACAAAUUAUUUAUACGUGCAUCUUCAACGGCUUUCUCCCUCCACUUGUCAUGCUCUAUUUCGGUAUAUUAACAUGUACCAAUGCGCGUCAUCUUCGUCACCGAACUCUGUCCGCUUCUGCUCGUAUUCGACAAAUCAAUUAUCAAUUGACAUUAAUGCUUAUCCUCCAAACGAUCAAGUCAAGCUUUGCAUCUCUUCCAUUUUCAGUCUUUAACUGCUAUUUGCUGAUUACCUUGAAUUUGAAGAAAUCACCAUUAUAUCAAGCGAAAGAAAAUCUUGUUAAUCAAGUUGUUUACUUACUCUUCUGGAGCAACUAUACAAGCUUUUUUGUUUACGUUUAUUCUUCAGACAUAUUCAGAUAUCAAUGUCUGAGAGCGAUCAAAAAAUUGACAUGUCGUUUUUAUCGCGGUCAACAGCGGCAAUUGUAUUAUCAUCGAUCAGAAUUACGAUAUUUAACGGCAAAUGCGAGCAUUAUCGAAGAAAAGUAUAAACCGUCACAGAUUUUGUAA